AUGGAUGAUGGGCCGUCCAACUCUACCUCCAGGGAGCCCACGUUGAACCAUGCCGAUAGUACUUCCUUGACUGGCUCUGGAAUAUCGCAACCGUCGCUCGCUCGGCCCGUGGUGCCGAGCGCGUCGUCCACAGCCAGGCUGACUUCUGCGGCUAAGAAGAACGCGUCUCACCUGAGCGAGAGCCUCGGCUACAACAAGUUCUUGCUGUACGAAAACAAGUCUCGCUUCUAUGUCGUCGCUUCGAAUACCUCCGAGUCUCUUCAUCGUAUCGUGAAGAUCGACCGCACGUCACAGGAAGAGCUUAAUGUCGUCGAGGACGAGGCCGUGUACACCGGGCGACAGAUGACGUCUAUGCUCAAGAUGAUCGAGGAGGGCAAUAAGCUAUCCGGAGGUCUCAGCAAACCGAGGGUGUUUUACGGUGUUGUAGGCUUCGUGAGGUUCACGGCGGGCUGGUAUAUGGUCACGAUCAACAAGCGCUCGGUGGUCGCCCUGCUCGGCGGGCAUUAUCUCUAUCACUGUGAAGGAACAGAUAUGAUACCCGUAUCGUGGAACCACAAGAUCGACAAGCCGGCGGAGGAGCAGCGCCAAGUCAGUAUCUUCAAGCAGGUCGACAUGUCCAAGAAUUUCUACUUUAGCUACACUUACGAUCUCACGUCAACCCUACAAUGUAACAUCACCUCACGAAACAAACUCAGCGGUGGCAAAUGGCCCUUCAGCGACCGUUACGCAUGGAACUACCACAUGUUUGACUCGGCCUUCCGCGACGCUGCUGCUGGUACGGUCAAAGCGCACUGGGUACUGCCCAUCAUACACGGACACGUCGAUCAAGCCAAACUCAACGUGCUACAUCGCGUUGUCUACGUGACUCUCAUCGCAAGACGCUCUCGUCACUACGCCGGAGCUCGCUAUCUGAAGCGUGGCGUAAACGAUGAGGGCAACGUCGCGAACGAGGUCGAAACCGAGCAGAUAGUCUCGGAGGCGUUGACAACGCCGUUCUCAUAUCCCGGACAGACCGUGUCAGCAGAGCGCCGGCCCAAUCCGCGCUACACAAGCUACGUUCAGUAUCGCGGGAGCAUACCUAUAUACUGGGCGCAAGAACUCAAUAGCAUGACCCCUCGGCCGCCCAUUGAGAUCAGCGUCGUCGAUCCCUUUUACUCUGCGGCCGCGUUGCACUUCGACGAUCUCUUCGCCCGAUAUGGCGCGCCGAUUACUAUCCUCAACCUCAUCAAGAAGCGCGAGCCGCAACCGCGAGAGUCCAAGUUGCUGCACGAGUAUACACUCUGCGUCAAAUACCUCAACCAGUUUCUCCCGGCGGAGAAGCAGAUGGACUAUAUCGACUGGGACAUGUCGCGCGCAUACAAGGAGAAGACGUACGAUGUUAUCAGCUACCUGGAAGACCUCGCCGAAGAGUCGAUCGAGAAGACUAAGUUUUUCCAUUCCGGCCCGGAGCCAUACGCCCACUAUCUGCACGGCCCGAAUAGGGAGUGGCGGAGCGAGAUGAUGCUGCAGAACGGCAUCUGCAGGACAAACUGCGUGGACUGUCUUGACCGCACGAAUGCAGCCCAGUUCGUGUUCGGCAAGCGCGCAUUCGGACACCAGCUGUACGCGCUCGGGGUCGUCGAUAGUCCGAACCUCCCGUUCGAUUCCGACGCGGUGAAUAUGCUGACGGAGAUGUACCACGAUCACGGUGAUACCUUGGCCCUCCAGUACACGGGCAGCGCGUUGGUCAACCGCGUUGAGACAUACCGACGCAUGCCGCACUGGAACAGCCACUCUCGCGACAUCAUCGAGAACUUCCGUCGGUACUACGCGAAUUCCCUGCUCGACGCCGACAAGCAGCUUGCCAUUGACUUGUUCCUCGGCAUUCGGCCCGAUCAGACCGGCAUACACACGAAGCGCGGCGGUUACCGCGACUGGUACGCGAUCGAACAUGUUCAGCCUGCAUACGUGCUCGAGAGGAGUCGUCCGGGUAUCCAGCAGUUCGUCGACGCGUCGUCCAAGUUCUGGUCGGAGUAUUAUCGCCCGCUGCUGUUCACGUCGUUCCUCAAGCACUACGCGUACCUUAUGAAUAGUACCUUGAAGCUUCCGGGGAAGACCUUGAAGGAUCUCGAGCAAAGCCCGUUCUACCCGCCCAAGCAGCUCUCAAGGCGCACGAAGGCCUCCCACAUACGAGCCAGCAAGCGAUCAGCCAUCCCUCGUAUCACCGUAGUCGAUACUACGGACGAACCUCCAGAACACGACGACAGGCAGCUCGCGCACUGGCAAGAUCCAUAUAUCUCUGAAGACGAAGAGAUCGAGUACGAGAGAUACAUCGAGCAAUGUCAAGGCAUGUACGACAAUGAUGAGACCGGGCCUGGUCCGAAGGAUAUCAUGAAGUAUAAGACCUCGGUGCAGCUAGCUUCGGGGCAUUUAGAGCUGGAUGGCUUCGGCAUUUGA